CAUCGUCGACGUCGGGCGCGAUCGCCGGUGCAGCGUCGACCGAGUCUCGCCCGCGACUAACGUCCGCCGAAACCGACGAAUCUUCCGCGUCUCUCUCUCUCUCUCUCUCGCUCGCUCUCUCAUUAGAAACCGACGCGCUCCCGUCAGGCGGAUCGAAGAUGUUCGUCUUCGCGCGACUGUGCCAGACUGUUUGCACGGCACCCUCCGCCAAGAGAGAAAACGCUUCCGGAUAAUCUGAGGGUUCACGACUCGCAGAAGGAACCCUUGCGACAAGAGGAUCGAGGAUCGCUCGAUCACUCGGAUGGAUCGCACACCUUGCGCAACGCACUUCGCAGCAGGUGAGGCUUUGUGAGCAGCCGCGAGCCGAAAGCUGAUAUCGGCCGAGGAGAGCCCGAGGACGUUCGCACCGAGAGAGGAGAGACCUCGUGCGCGCGCGCGCGCGCGCGCACGACGACGACGACGACCCGAGGACUUCGGGAUCACGGCUCGGCGUUGCUGUACCCUUCGACGUGACUGUUGGCGGGGAUCGGUCACUGCUCACGAGGGGGAGAACGAUGUACCGUCGAAUCGUGAGAUACAUGAAGCCGAAGAAGGUCAUAAUCCGCCGACGCAGGAACAAGUACUCCGUAGGCAGGAAGAUGAACACGAUAAUAAUCACGCGCCGUACGUUCGUCGACAUGUCACCGAUGCUGAAGUCGAGUUAGACCUCGACACGCGGCCCGGUCGCAGAGUUCGCGACUCGUUAUGCCCGGAACAUCAAGGUAAGGUCGCCGGUCGGAUGUUUUUCACGCCAAAGGAGAGGAUGAUUAAGAGCGAAGGCGCGAUCGUCGGCGGAGAAUAGCGGUCCACCGGGCGAGAAGGCGCGGUGGGAAGACCCCUGGCCUCGGACACCACCGUCGGUGAACGCGAACGUCGUCGUAGUCGAGUGUGUGACCUUGACCCGAAAAAUUCCGCGGUGCGCGGUCGGAAUCGGAAGCGACGCUCCGCGCGACAGACGGGAGGCGGUGCUCGUCGUUGGGUAUUAGCCGCGUGUCGCUCGAAUUGUACCGUAGCAGCCGAUUAGGCCCGCGCGCGCGACACUACGACAUAUAGAGACGCGGCCGAGGGGGCACAACACCGCGUGCGGCUUAGUGCCUAGGUGGAUGCACGCGAAGACGGAUCUCGCGCGCUGCAGAAGCGGCGCCGGAGGCUGAAAGAGGAGAACGGCAGCGAGCGCUGACCAGCCCCGAAGACGGGCGGAAGAGGAGGUGGUACCAGGAGGUGGACGCUGCUGCUGGCGGUGACCGGCGUGGAGAAGGAGAGAGAGAGAGAGAGAGAGGAACACGUCUCGUAAUGCACGAUGGUGCAUUAGCCGGGAGUCGCGGGACCACCGUGCGAUUUCUCUCCGCGCGCGCGAAACGACCGAACCGAAAUCCGCGGAGGCCGGCUGGCUCCCGGAGGCCGCUAUCGAGAGAGUCGUUCGUUCCCCGGACCGUGUCGUUCACGGAGCGAGUCGCUUCGAGCCGCGUGCCGCAGCCCGUCCGCGCGGGAUCUCUCUCGAUCGUGAUCGCGCUAUCGACCUGCCGGAAGAGGAGGGCCCGCGCAUAUAUGACUUCGCUCGUCCCCUCGCACCAGACGUAGAGAGUGACCCUCCUCCCUUCGACCGAGACAUGUCCGAGAUCACGACGGCGAAAGGUGCGCCUGCUGGGGUAACGCCCGAGAAGAAGCAAGCGAACCCCGAGAAGUCCGACCGCGCCGUCACCUGGAAGUCCAUGAGCGUCCGGCAGAAAUGGUCCUUCCUCACCAGCAACAUCACCGUCGAGCCGAUGGUCGCGUGCUAUGUGAUACCGAGCGUGCUCUCCUCCCUGGCCGUGCAGAACCUCAUCCUCGAGAAGGCCUGCCGGGUGAACCUGGCUUAUCCGGGCGAGGUGUGCUCGGCGUUGGCCGCGAGGAACACCACCGGCUACGAGGCUGAGGAGACCGCCGUGCAACAGCUGGUGGCGCGUAUGCAGACGUGGAAGACGCCGCUGCAGAGCGCCCUGCCGACCAUCCUGAUCCUCUUCAUGGGCGCGUGGAGCGACCGCACCGGUCUGAGGAAGCCCUGCAUGCUGCUGCCGAUCGUCGGCGAGUUCUUCAGCAGCGUCACCCUCAUCGCGUUGACCUACUGGUUCGACGAGCUGCCCAUGGAGACGGUCGUCUUGGAAGCGCUCUGGCCCGCGCUGACCGGCGGCUGGUUCACCAUGUUCAUGGGCAUCUUCAGCUACAUCGCGGACAUCACGUCCGUGGAGUCGAGGACGCUCAGGAUCGGCGCGGCCAACGUCUUCCUGUCGCUCGGGGUGCCGAUCGGCAUGGCCCUCUCCGGGAUACUCUACACGAAGCUCGGUUUCUACGGGGUGUUCAGCAUCACCGCGGUGUGUUACAUCAUGAGCUUCGUGUACGGCCUGGUGGUGAUCAAGGAGCCGCCGCGGGUGCUCGCGGAACGCGCGCGGAGGAAGGCCCUGCCGAGGGAGCCUAAGCCGCGCACCUCCGUUAGCGCGUUCGUGCUCGACUUCUUCUCGUUGCGGCACAUCGAGGAGACGUUCCGCGUGGCGUUCAGGAAUGGGGCGAACAACCGGCAGAAGAGAGUCAUCGUGCUCAUGGUCAUUGUUAUGGUCGUCAUCGGACCCCUUUACGGCGAAAUGGCGGUCCUGUAUCUUUACAUGCGGUACCGAUACAACUGGAACGAAGUGACGUUCAGCAUGUUCUCCACGUUCGGCAUGGUAACUAAUCUAAUCGGAACCGCGGUCUCUGUCGGCAUCUUCAGCCACAUCCUCAAGAUAGACGACGCGAUCGUGGGUAUAAUGAGCUGUAUGAGUAAAAUCUUAGCAGGUUUCGUGUAUGCGUUCGCCACUACGGACUGGAUGGUUUACGUAGCCGCUAUCGUGGAGAUUGUGAACGGGACGUCCUUUAUCGCCAUGCGAUCGAUAGCCUCUAAGCUCGUGCCUACGGACGAACUGGGUAAGGUGAAUUCGUUGUUCGGUGUGUGCGAGUCCCUGAUGCCGCUCGUUUACGGGCCCAUGUACAGCGCCAUUUAUGCGGCGACCAUGAAUACAUUUCCGGGGACAUUCUUCAUCGCCGGAGGAUGCAUGACGAUGCCCGCUGUCUUCGCAUUCUUUUGGUUGUACACGGAGCACCGAAAGGAUCGUAUUCUGAGAGAACAGAAGGACCUGGAGGCUACGACCAAUCAUAAGAACGAGGACACGGCCGAUCACAAUUCGAAGGCACUGAACACCCGAAUCGUAGACACGCAGAAGAGCGUGUCAAAAGCCGAGAUGAUGAAUGGCAUAGAUAAUUCGGCCUUCGAAUCCGAACAGUUGUGAUCUCACGAUGUUUUUUUCUCCUUUUUAAUGCAAGAGACGGACGAGAUAUCUCGAUAAUACCUCAUCGAAGACAGAAGUGACGCAAUGAAGGUCCUCUUACGGGACCGGUGCGUGAUAUGCGUUACCAACACGCUGAUGAACGAGCUAGCGAAUCGUCGAAUUUACGUGAAUUAUUUUGUGAAAAGGACACCAAAGUCUGCGAAACUUCAGAGCAAGUAAUACGUCAAAAUUCAAGGUGCGUGACAGUUCCGGCGGAACAUCUUCGUCAGAGUUCGGGAUUGCAAAUCUUCUAUUCCGAGCCUAUUAGGAUUUAUUUAGGGACGACAAUUCGUAAUUACAAUGAUUGGCAGUAACGUUUAGCAAAGCUUGUACCGCGACUUUUAGACUCCAGGAGAGAGUCGCGCGGAAAUCAAUUGGGAUUCGAAACUAUUGGUUUUUUUUUUCCGGAUUCCACACAACUGCUAACGAUUGUCACCUCCAUAGAUUCAAUUAAGAUUCAAUUUAGGAUGUAAAUAAAACAGAAAACUUCACUGAUUCUCUUCUCGAUCGUCCAUGACUUCACUUACUGCAGCUUGUAGAUUUCUUUUCAAGCAUUUAUGCAAUAUGUAUGAUAUUCCGAAUAAAGGAUAACCACCGGUUUAUUUUUAA